CGUCUGCGGGUUCCGAGAGCUUCAGUUAGGUUGGAGGCGCCACGGCGGGGGAGCGGCUCGGUUAGGUGGAGGUGAGGGGGAGUCUCCAGCCAGAGACAUGGAUUUAGAUGCUAUUACAGAAUACUCCGCAUUACAUCCCAAGCCCAGUGGACUCAUUCUUCAAUAUGGGACUGCUGGCUUUCGAACGAAAGCAGAACAUCUCGAUCAUGUCAUGUUUCGCAUGGGAUUAUUAGCUGUCCUGAGGUCAAAACAGACAAAAUCUACAAUAGGAGUCAUGGUAACAGCAUCACAUAAUCCUGAGGAAGACAAUGGGGUAAAAUUGGUUGAUCCUUUGGGUGAAAUGCUGGCACCAUCCUGGGAGGAACAUGCUACCUGUUUGGCAAAUGCUGAGGAACAAGAUAUGCCGAGAGUGUUGAUGGACAUCAGUGUGAAAGCAGCUGUGAAUCUGCAACAAGAUGCCUUCAUAGUGAUUGGUAGAGAUACCAGGCCCACCAGUGAGAAACUCUCACAGUCUGUAAUAGAUGGUGUAACUGUUUUAGAAGGUCAAUUUCAUGAUUAUGGCUUGGUAACAACGCCCCAGCUGCACUACAUGGUAUACUGUCGAAAUACCAGUGGCCAAUAUGGAGAGGCAACCCUAGAAGGUUACUACCAGAAACUCUCUAAGGCCUUUAUGGAACUUACCAAACAGACUUUGUGCAGCGAAGAUGAAUAUAGAUCACUUAAGGUUGACUGUGCAAAUGGCAUAGGGGCCCUGAAGCUGAAAGAAAUGGAACACUACGUUUCCCAGGGGCUAUCAGUUCAGCUCUUCAAUGACGGCACCAAAGGGAAACUCAAUCAUUUAUGUGGGGCUGACUUUGUGAAAAGUCAUCAGAAACCUCCACAGGGAAUGGAAAUGAAGUCUAAUGAAAGAUGCUGUUCCUUUGAUGGAGAUGCAGACAGAAUCGUUUAUCACUACCUCGAUGUAGAUGGUCACUUUCAUCUCAUAGAUGGAGACAAGAUAGCAACACUGAUUAGCAGUUUCCUUAAAGAGCUCUUGUUGGAGAUUGGAGAAAGUUUGAAUAUUGGUGUUGUACAAACUGCGUAUGCAAAUGGAAGUUCAACACGGUAUCUUGAAGAAGUUAUGAAGGUACCUGUCUAUUGUACUAAAACUGGUGUAAAACAUUUACAUCACAAGGCUCAAGAGUUUGACAUUGGAGUUUAUUUUGAAGCAAAUGGGCAUGGCACAGUACUGUUUAGUAAAGCUGCCGAAACAAAGAUAAGACAACUCACAAAAGAAUUAGAAGAUGAGAAAAGGAAAGCUGCUGCUAAGAUGCUCGAAAACGUUAUUGACUUGUUCAACCAGGCAGCUGGUGAUGCUAUUUCUGAUAUGCUGGUGAUUGAGGCAAUCUUGACGCUGAAGGACUUGACUAUACAACAGUGGGAUGCUCUUUAUAUGGAUCUUCCAAACAGACAGCUCAAAGUUAAGGUUGCAGACAGGCAAGUUAUUAGCACCACUGAUGCUGAAAGACAAGUAGUUACACCUCCAGGACUACAGGAGGCAAUCAAUGACCUGGUGAAGAAAUACAAGCUUUCCCGAGCUUUUGUCCGGCCUUCUGGUACGGAAGAUGUAGUCCGAGUAUAUGCAGAAGCAGACUCGCAGGAAAAUGCGGAUAGCCUUGCACGUGCAGUCAGCUUGGCAGUAUUUCAGCUGGCUGGAGGAGUUGGAGAAACACCCUAACCAGGUUUCUGAAGAUAAUUUUUAUAUUCAUGACAAACUGGAUUUUUAAGAACUUUUUACAAAAUAAUAGUACUGCCACUAAUGUGACAGGUUCAGACACAUUUGUAAUCAUGUUUACGAUGCACCUUACUAGAUUGUUUCUAGAUCUGACUGUUUUUCUUAAACACUACCACAACUAUUAUUUAGAAAUAGGGAAACCUUUUACCUGUUAAAGUGAAACUUGAACCGAAUUUCAGUCUCACUAAUGUAAAGUGCUCGGGGCUUAAUCAUUACCUUUAUAGUACAUUCAGGGACAAAUUCAUGAGGGCUGCUGGAAAAUUAAACCUUACUACCAACUCCUUGGAAUGUCUUUUCCAUUGCCGUUACCUAACCGUGAUCGUUAUUUUGCAGGAUUCACCAUUGUUGAUACGGAGGGGGAGGGUGGAGAAGACUUUACACAACCAAUU